AAAUCAAUUGAGCGAUAAAAAAUAGGAGUUGAUUAUCGACAAACUUUUAUUGAUUUCCAUUUAAUCGAUGAAAUAUUUAACACGUCAUCUAUUUGAGCUCAAAAAUAAAUUUAUUUUAAAUUCUCAAAUCAAAAUGAAACAAUUCACAAUUGAUAAUAGCCAAAAAUUGGAUGAUUUGAUUAAAGAAAAUGAAGAUAAAAAAGUAAUUCUCUUGUUUACCGGCACUAAAAAAUCCGAUGGUAAAAGCUGGUGUCCGGAUUGUGUAGUAGCCGAUCCGGUAAUCGAAAGUGUUGUAAAAGAAAUUUUAGAUUCGGAUAUGGUUUUCGCUACAGUUUUUGUGGGAGAUUUACCAAGCUGGAAAAGUUCGGAUAAUGCAUUCCGAAAACAUCCAACAUUUUCUAUUAAUUGUGUUCCGACACUCAUCAAUGUAAAAAUGAACAUGCGAUUGGAAGAAGGUGGUUGUGCCGAUAAAACAUUAGUGAAAAAAUUAUUCGAAGGUACAUUGGAAAAAGGUUUAACAACUAAAGCUGGAACCUGUGUGGACGGUGUUUGUCGCCUCCGUUGAUUUUCAUGAUAUUAAAUUUUUCUUGAUAAAAAUAAUUUUACAAAAAAAAGAAAUUGAUUAAAAUUAAUUUUAUUUGUUUAAAAUAAA